AUGUCUAACAACAAAGACCACGGCAAGCAAAGAAAAAAUGAACAUUCAUUGAAGCACUUACCGACUGAAGUGUUAUUAAAAGCGCGAAGCACUCUUUUCUCGUUAGGUGGUGCACUCAAGCCAAAACAUGACCAACAACAAAGACCCAAGUUACCUAAGCAAGAAGCCAAAGACAAAAAGAAUCAGGAGAAACUAAAAACCAGCCGAUCUGAGCCAGAAUUCAGUGAAGUUCGUAAAAACAAGCACAGAAGUAGAAUUGAAGAAGUUCAUCCCCGUGACUACUCUGGUGGCUUGAGACCUAGACCUUUAUCAGUAGGAGCUACAAAACGAUAUGAAAAGGAAUUUGAUGACUAUCACAGCGGGCCUUUUCCAAAGGAGCCAUCACCGUUACGCCGCCAAUUCGACUCUGCGGAAGAAGUUUGUGUGCAGUCACGUCUUGUGAUACCUGUUAUUGAAAGACUGAAUCCAGACAUCCAAAUACAGGAUGUCAAUGAAAGACCUAGAAAAAAACUAUCGUUUCGUGAACCGGAGAUAAUUAGUAGUGGAAGUGCGACAUUGGGUCGUUCUCAUAAGUUAAUGGGUGUAAAUAGUCUCUCCAGAAGGCCUAACAGGCUCUCACUACGCUCAGAGCCUCAUUCCUCAAGUUUAGAAGGAUUGGAUUCAGAUUUAGAGAGUCAAGCGAUGAGGAUUGUCCGCACCGUGGGUCAAGCCUUCGAGGUGUGCCAUAAGAUGCAGAUCAACUCUCCGGAACAACCUGCGCCCUCCACCUCGUCCGCUCCGGAUGAGCCAGUAGCCAGCGGCAGCGACAUGGCUGCUUCCAAAGAACCGGCUUCCGAGUGUGGUGCCUCUGAGGGGGCUGCUUCUACCACCAAGGUGGUGAUCGAGGAAGGAGCUGUAGGAGGCCGUGAGGAGCGACCCAAGACACUGGACCUUCUGCCUCCUCCGCCAAGGAAGGAGGGCAAGCGAACCCAGCGUACUACUCCGGCGCCGACCAUCAACCUGCCGGAUCUCCCAGAGUGUGUAACUAAAGUGGAGGUGGCUACUGGAGGUGAUGAAGGGGGUGAUACUGCUACGCCCUUGAGCGCGCAACACCAACUGCAACUGUUGCGUGAACGCUUGGAGCAGCAAGCUCAGCAGACUCACGCUGCGGUUGCGCAGCUGUUGCUGCUGAGAGACCAACUGGCUGCCGAACAAGCUGCUCGCUGCGAGGCUCAGGCUCGCACCCACCAACUUCUGGUGCAUAACAAAGAACUUCUCGAGCACAUUGCAGCUCUGGUUGCCCACUUGCAAGAUCGGGAGCGCGGCUCCUCUCGACCAAUCAGCGCUCAGCAACUGACGCUCUUGCCCCAGAUUCCGAAAAAUGCUGAGGCUUUCAAGCCCGACAACGUAGCGGCGUGCAACGGUAACCGUACUCCGACUAACACCGAAGCUCUUAUCAACCUGAUUUCACAGAAUACCAGAGCUAAUCAAAACUUAGAGAAUAAUAACAACAUGAAUUUCUCGCCGUUUUGCGCAUCCCCAGUCCAAGAGACCGCUAAUGGCGCUGGCUCAGCUCCCCCUUGCUUCGGCGGUAUGACCAAUGAGCAAAUUCAAAACUACUUGAUAUCAAAGUUCCAGAACAUGGGAGGCUUCCCAAAUGGCGGUGAGGCUGCAAGUAAGCCAGCACCCACAAUAAACUACAAUCAGCAGUUCUUCCAAAACUGCAAUGCUUUCCCGAGCAUCCCGCCGCUGGCAAGCCACUACAGUAACACUGAUUUGGCAAAUCUGCUGAGCCAGCAGGGGUACAAAGACAUAGGCGGUUCCAAUGAAGAGUUUGGCAACUUAGCACAAGCCAUGAGUGUUGCCCAGUCCGAAAACUCGCUGUACAGUAACAGCCAGCAGAGUUCAUCAAAAGAUUCGAGCCCAGAUGGCUCCAGCUCUGAAGACGGAGCUCCAUUCAUAAUGCCACUAUCGCACAACUGCACUUUGACGGCUACCGGUGAGGACGGACGCGUUAGGCUCAUCGUGCCAGUGAGCCCCUCGGAGAGCACAUCGGAUGUUGUAGAGACACAGGCUGAGCCUCAGCCUUCAAGUUCAUCAGGUCAUACUUUGCGAGUGCCCGGACAAGAGCGUCCAGGAACAUUGCUGGCCCCCGCGGCGCCUAUCACCCGCACCACGAGCGAGAAGGUGCCAAACCGAAGCGAGAUGAUGUCCGCUCUGAGGGCCCAGUGGACUCGCCACACUACGAAGUAA